AACGACACUAUUUUUCAAACUACUAAUAAUCAAUUAUUCAUAAUAAAAGAUAAAAUCACAGUCAUUUAUCUGAGRUUGGAGUGAAGCAAAUUGAUCUUAAUCAAGCCCUUUUCGACAGGAUUGGACAAGCUGAGAUCUGUUUGAGAAUGCAUAUCGGUCURUUGCUGUUAGGAGCAGUGAUACAGCUAGCAAUAGCCACAAAUCAACAAACCAACGAUGUAAUAAAAGACAUCGCUAAACGAACUGCUUCUUUCAAAAACCAAAUCGAGAAACUGGAGAAAAGAUUCACAGAUCUCUACAAUCAAUACUUGAAGUUGCAUGAUCAAACAAAUCGUAAUAUAACACAGCAGCAAUUUGAAAAAGAUCUUGCUGAGGUUGACAAAAGAAGUGUCGAGCUCUUAUCAAGGCAUAGACGUUCUGGCGCAUGUGCAGAGAUAUGUGUCCACCGAUGUAUUCCAUCGUGUAACUUCGCAUGCUGUGUAGCCAGACCUCCAGGAAUGAACAGGCAUUUGAUCAAUAAACUCGAAGUUAAUGCUGCAAAGAAGAAUUUGCUCGCCAGGAAGAAAGCCCAUAAACAGAAUAUUAUUAGGAAAAAACUUCAAAAAMAGAAAUUGUUGCAUUUGCUGGAAGAGGGUAGUAUCUGUGCUCCUAGUUGUCUUGUACGCUGCGAACCUAAAUGCAAGUUCAAGUGCUGUAUAAAACAAAGUCAUUAAUUUGGGAACUUUUGGGACGUCUUUUGGCUACAAGUGUAUAGCUUACUAAUGUGAAUAUUUUUUUCAAUAAAACAUUGGACCUGAAAA